GGCCCGCCAUACCGAUACACAGAGCACAUCGCAUCCCGACGGCACAACGACGCCGUCGUUCCAUCGAUAGAAUCACACUCGCAGUGUCUGUCACUUGCAGUCGUCAUUCGGCUGCCAAGCUAGACAGGCGGUGAUUUGACUACAGGACAAUCGCUAAGAUGGCCGCAUCCAGCCCCAAAAAAAUUAGUAAUACAGCUUCCCAUGUGAAACAUACAGAAUCUGAUGCCCAUAGUUUCAUUGUGACAGAGCAGAUAUUUCCUUCAAGUCAAGGACAAGAAGACUCAACACCAGAACAGAGAAUAGUACCAGCAGAGUCUGAUGAUGUAUAUCCCAAACAGGGUCAAAAAAGAUUAGCACUCAUAUUCAAUCAUGAAGAGUUCCUGCAACCAUCCAACAGAGAAAGAAGUGGUACACAAGUUGACAGGCAAAGUCUUCAGGAAUGCUUCAAGAAAUACAACUUUGAUAUAGAACCUUUGAAAGAUAACAUGAAAAAAGCUGAAAUUCAAGAAAAAUUAAAAGAGGUUGCCGAGAGAGAUCAUUCUGAUACUGACUGCCUUGCUGUGGCUGUGCUCACACAUGGGAAUGAUAGAGGAGGUCUGGCUGCUUAUGAUGACUGGUACACUGAAGAAGAAUUGAUUGGAUCUUUCACAUCCAAUAAAUGCCUUUCACUUACAGGAAAGCCGAAAUUAUUUUUUAUUCAGGCAUGUAGAGGAGAUAAAACAUCUGUUGCUGCUGGAACAAUUAACAUUCAAGCAGAUUCCUCUGAAUCAAAUGUGUUUUCAGUUCCUGAGGAAGCAGAUAUUUUAGUGUUCUACAGCACAUACGAAGGUAGGGUGGCAUAUCGUGAUACUGAGGAGGGAUCUUGGUUCAUCCAAGAGCUGUGUAGUGAACUAAACAAAAAUGGUGAAAAAUAUGAUCUGCUGACAAUGCUAACACAUGUUAACUUCAAUGUGGCUGCCAGAAGAGUGAGGUUAAGUGGAAUACGUGAAAGGAAGCAAAUGCCAGUGAUUCAGAGUUCUCUAACAAGAAAGUUUUAUUUAUCUGAGAAACCACAAUUUAAUGAAACAGGUAUCAGAAGCAAAUUAGAUGAAAUGCAUGAUCUUCUACUAGAUCUUCAUACAAAAAAAGAGAAGGAGCCUUCACCAAGAAGAACUGUUAAAAAAACUGUAGUUGAUAAAGACUGGGAAACCCCACUCCCUGCACCCAUGAGUACAUAUUCUGUGGUGCCUGAAGAUAAAGUAAUGCUACAAUUAAAAACUUACUUAGACAUGUUUUUAAAUUAUGAAGGAAACUUAUUGUCUGAAGAUGCAAUAGAUACAGGAAAUAUAAUAUUAAGCCAUUUAUCUAUGUGGAAGAAAAUGGAUAACAAUAAGCGGAAGUUUUUGUAUGAACAAGUUAUAAAAUUUUUUGUCAAAUAUGGUAGAAAAUGGCAGUAUUUUCAUGUUCUAAAUAUAAGUGACUCACAAAUUGCAAACAUUCAAGGAAAAUCAAAGCAGCUGUCUGGUUCUUCACAGUCUGUUAAUUCUGACAAAAAGUAACAACAAGAUCUCUACUUUUAAAAAAAUCCAUUUACAUUUUAUAUGGAAAUAUGAAAUGUAAACUGAUGAGAAAGUUCCUACUAAUAUUACAAAUAAUGAAUCAAAUGAUGACUGUAGUGUAUUAUAAUAUGUUUCCAAACAUUCUUUUAAUCUAGAUAUUUACUACAAUUUACAGAAGA